GCGGCCGCGGCAGGAGGCGGAGGAGGAGCGGCAGGAGCGGGGAGUCCCGGCGCGGCCGCGGGAGCCCCGGGCGGGCGGGCGGCGCUGGGAGCGGCCGGGAUUUACCGUGGUGGCGGUGGGCGCUGAGCGGAGGGGGAGCCGGGCGUCCCCGGGGCCGCCGCCUCUCGGGCUGAGCCCCCCCGCCCGGACCAUGGCCGACGACGACGUGCUGUUCGAGGACGUGUACGAGCUCUGCGAGGUGAUCGGCAAGGGUCCGUUCAGCGUCGUGCGGCGAUGCAUCAACAGGGAGACGGGGCAGCAGUUCGCUGUGAAGAUCGUCGAUGUAGCAAAAUUCACUUCAAGUCCUGGAUUAAGCACAGAAGAUCUGAAGAGAGAAGCCAGUAUUUGUCACAUGCUGAAGCAUCCUCACAUUGUUGAACUGUUGGAGACAUACAGCUCAGAUGGAAUGCUUUAUAUGGUCUUUGAGUUUAUGGAUGGAGCAGACCUGUGUUUUGAAAUUGUGAAGAGAGCAGAUGCUGGAUUUGUCUACAGCGAGGCUGUAGCCAGUCAUUACAUGAGACAGAUACUGGAAGCUCUACGUUACUGUCAUGAUAAUAAUAUAAUUCACAGAGAUGUGAAGCCACACUGUGUACUGCUUGCCUCAAAAGAGAAUUCAGCCCCCGUAAAGCUUGGUGGCUUUGGGGUAGCAAUUCAGUUAGGAGAGUCUGGGCUAGUUGCUGGAGGACGUGUAGGAACACCUCACUUUAUGGCUCCAGAAGUGGUAAAAAGAGAACCAUAUGGGAAGCCUGUAGAUGUUUGGGGUUGUGGUGUGAUCCUGUUUAUCCUGCUAAGUGGUUGUUUGCCUUUUUAUGGAACCAAGGAAAGAUUAUUUGAAGGCAUUAUUAAAGGCAAAUACAAGAUGAAUCCUAGGCAAUGGAGCCAUAUUUCUGAAAGUGCCAAAGAUCUGGUGCGCCGCAUGCUUAUGCUGGAUCCAGCAGAGAGGAUAACAGUGUAUGAAGCACUGAAUCACCCCUGGUUAAAGGAGAGAGAUCGCUAUGCAUACAAGAUUCAUCUUCCAGAAACAGUAGAACAGUUGAGAAAAUUCAAUGCAAGACGAAAACUAAAGGGGGCAGUACUAGCAGCUGUGUCAAGCCACAAAUUCAACUCCUUCUAUGGUGACCCCCCUGAAGAGCUGCCAGACUUCUCUGAAGACCCCACCUCCUCAGGACUUCUAGCAGCAGAAAGAGCAGUCUCACAGGUGCUGGAUAGCCUGGAAGAAAUUCAUGCACUUACAGACUGCAGUGAAAAAGACUUAGAUUUCCUUCACAGUGUUUUCCAGGAUCAGCAUCUUCACACGUUACUAGAUCUUUAUGACAAAAUAAACACAAAAUCUUCACCACAAAUCAGGAAUCCUCCAAGUGAUGCUGUACAGAGAGCCAAAGAGGUAUUGGAAGAAAUUUCAUGUUACCCAGAGAACAAUGAUGCAAAGGAGCUAAAGCGUAUUUUAACACAACCUCAUUUCAUGGCCUUACUUCAAACUCAUGAUGUAGUGGCACAUGAAGUUUACAGUGACGAAGCGCUGAGGGUCACCCCUCCUCCCACCUCUCCCUACCUGAACGGGGAUUCCCCGGAGAGCGCCAACGGCGACAUGGACAUGGAGAACGUAACGCGGGUCCGGCUGGUGCAGUUCCAGAAGAACACAGACGAGCCCAUGGGAAUCACUUUAAAAAUGAAUGAGCUGAACCACUGCAUUGUGGCAAGAAUUAUGCACGGAGGAAUGAUUCACCGGCAAGGUACGCUACAUGUAGGGGAUGAAAUCAGAGAAAUAAACGGAAUCAGUGUGGCAAAUCAAACUGUAGAACAACUACAAAAAAUGCUUAGGGAAAUGCGUGGAAGUAUUACCUUCAAGAUUGUGCCAAGUUACCGCACACAAUCCUCAUCCUGUGAGAGAGAUUCCCCCUCUACAUCCAGACAGUCCCCCGCUAAUGGUCAUAGCAGCACUAACAAUUCUGUUUCGGACUUGCCAUCGACAACACAACCAAAAGGACGACAGAUCUAUGUAAGAGCACAAUUUGAAUAUGAUCCAGCAAAGGAUGACCUCAUUCCUUGCAAAGAAGCUGGCAUCAGAUUCCGAGUUGGUGAUAUUAUCCAAAUCAUUAGCAAAGAUGAUCAUAACUGGUGGCAGGGUAAACUUGAGAACUCCAAAAAUGGUACUGCAGGUCUUAUUCCUUCUCCUGAACUUCAGGAAUGGCGAGUUGCUUGUAUUGCCAUGGAGAAGACCAAACAGGAGCAACAGGCCAGCUGUACUUGGUUUGGAAAGAAAAAAAAGCAGUACAAAGACAAAUACUUGGCAAAGCACAAUGCAGUGUUUGAUCAAUUAGAUCUCGUCACAUAUGAAGAAGUAGUAAAGCUGCCAGCAUUCAAAAGGAAAACGCUAGUCCUACUAGGUGCCCAUGGUGUUGGAAGAAGACACAUAAAAAACACACUCAUCACAAAACACCCGGACAGAUUUGCUUACCCCAUUCCUCACACAACCAGACCUCCAAAGAAAGAUGAAGAAAAUGGCAAAAAUUACUACUUUGUAUCACAUGACCAAAUGAUGCAGGAUAUAUCAAACAAUGAAUAUUUGGAAUAUGGCAGCCAUGAGGAUGCAAUGUAUGGGACAAAACUGGAAACAAUACGAAAGAUCCAUGAGCAGGGACUAAUUGCAAUACUUGAUGUAGAACCUCAGGCAUUGAAGGUCCUGAGAACUGCAGAGUUUGCUCCUUUUGUUGUUUUUAUUGCUGCACCUACGAUUACCCCAGGCAUUAAUGAGGAUGAAUCCCUUCAGCGCCUGCAGAAGGAGUCCGAAAUCUUACAGAGAACAUAUGCACACUACUUUGACCUAACAAUUAUCAACAAUGAGAUUGAUGAAACCAUCAGGCACCUGGAGGAAGCCAUCGAGCUCGUGUGUACAGCCUCCCAGUGGGUCCCGGUCUCCUGGGUCUACUAGACCGGGAAUGGGAGAAUUAAGGAGAAAAAAAAAAAUCUGUCAUUACUGGGAACCACCUCAUACAUGGAAAACCUCUUCGUUAUUGACCUUGUGUCAACAGGUCUUGGCCCCUAGAGACUACCUAGAUGUAGUGUGACCUAAAAUAUAAUUAUUGUCAUGUCCGAAUAGAUAGGAGGAGGGAAAAAACAGAUGAAACACUAAUUUAAAGAGACAGUAUCUUUUUUUUAAUAAUUUCUCCUAAACUUUAAUAAAAUGUAUCUUUAAAUAUAUGUACUAUUCAGUCUUUUGGAAUGUUAUAUUUUUGGAAAUCAUAGCUUUUUAUUUCGAGGGCCCCUAAAAACUGCACAAAAUAGAUGCUGCUUUCUAUAAUCUAUUUUAAUAGUAAUAAUAAUAUGAUUCUGUUACCUUAACUUGGGGGUGGAACACUACAUUCUUUUUAGAGUCUGAUUUUAUGGAUUGGAAUACUUUGCUUUCCUUUAUUUAUUUGAAGUAAUUAGUCUAGUGGUUACAAAACAAAUUAAUAAAUUUUAAAGGCCUUUUUUUUCGCGCUUUUUUUUUUUCUCCUAGGAUAGUAUUUUUAAGUAUUUUUGUGUAACAUCCAGAUAAUGUGAUACUGUCUCUUUGAAGAACUCUGUAAAAGUUUUAGAAAUUUGAAAUUGGGUCUUGACUCUUAAUGCAUGUGGACAGUCGCAAGCGUUCAUGCCGUUGGUGUAUCUGUGUUGAUAAAACCUGUAAUCUACAGCAAAGUACAUUCCGUUCAUGGGAACACCUACCCAAGGGAAUAAAGCAAAAUAUUAUUCUGACUAAGUUGUAAACCUAUGCACAUCCCUUGCAUUUUGGGCAACUUUCUAAAAAAAAAGAAAAAAAAAAAGAAAAACUGAUUUUUAUUAAUAAUAAUCAUGUAGUGAAAUGUGUUUGUAAUUUUGUCUCAAUUUAAUUUGUUGUAAGGUGGGAGGGGGCAAUUACUGGUUUCACCAUUUCAGAUCUGUGUUGUCUGAGAGUAUUAACGUUUUAAUUAAGUUGAAGCAAAGAAAUGCUGAUUUUUAAUAUGUCUGUAAUUGUUUAAAGAUGCACACAUUUUAAAAGAAAAUACUGUGCAAUGAAGAAACCAGUUUAGACAUUACGAUAAACUGACUAUUCCAAAAGACUCAUCUACAACAGCCCUGUAAAUUCCUUUAAAAAUGGUAAUUGACUCUACAGUCUGACCAAUUUUUUUUAUUUUAAAUAUACUUCCUUUUAUGUGUUCAACAAUUAAAUGCUUUUGGGUGCUUCAUUUCAUCACAGAGAGUUUCAAGAGCAAAUCAGUGACUCGUGCAGUGAGGAAAAGUGUCUUAAAGUCCUUAAGGGAAGCCUUUGUAGGCACACAGCCUGCAGUCUGUCCCAGGGGCUCUGCUCCUCCUGGAUCAGCACAGGAUUCCUUCCAUAAAGUUGGAAUUAGGGCAGAACCAACUAAGAAAGUGUAACCAUGGGUGGACCUGGCACUUCAUUUUCCUUCUUUGUGCUCUCACUGGCCCACAUGAUUUGCAUUUUCUCUGAAAAUGGUUAAAGGCAACAGGCAUUGCCACCUCUUUUUAGGUGUCAGAAGCACACUGUUCUUUAAAAUUACUUCUCUAAGUUUGAUUGGCUGUGCUGUUGUACAGUGUGAAUUUUAGUGUUUAUAUUAAAAUGAUACAGUGAUACAGGAUUUUUCCUCAAAGUGGAACUUGCAGCUGGAGUUGGUCUGUGGGCUGUUCCAGUUGUUUGGAACCAUUGCACCAUUCUGCAAACAGAAAAGGGUUCUCAAGAUUGAAUCUUUCCCACAAGGGUAAUCCUAUUGCUAAUUUUCUCCUGCCUACUACUUCUGCAGGUUGGGUGGUCGAGUAUGUUUACAAUUCUUGAAAAUCCACAGCUGAAAUCUCAGUCUGGCCGGGCCUCCUCCCACCCAGCCAGGGCAGGCAAAGGUGUUCCUUUCCUGCAGCAUUCACUGCCCGGCUUGCAGCCCACAGAAGGGAAAUUCAUCCAUCACUUUACCCCACCUGCUGAAUGCCCUUAGUGCCACAGCUGGAAUCACAGUUCUGUGGCUGCAUCCCUAAACAAGAGCCGUACCCGAGUCCCUUGAGUUUGUAGUUUUGUGGGAAGUAAUGGAUGAGAGAGUCAGCGUGGGCCUCACGUGGAGGGAAGCGAGGGAGCUGUCAGAAGAGGUGUAGGUGCUCAUCUGUUCUGGGUUUAGCCCCACAAGAAGGGGAUGGUGCAAACUGUGAACUAUUUAGUGAGUAAGAGGUAAUUUUUCAAGUGGUUGUGUUUAGUCCUGGGUGAACCGUAGCUGGUGUGCUGUUGCAGUGGUGAGUCCACACUGGCUGAGCUCAUGGAAGUGACAGGUUCAUUCACUCUCAGAACUACCUCUUUUCCCAGCAAAGCACAAAGAUGGGAAGACCUACUGAAAAUCAAGCAGUGGAGUGUUUCUGAUGUUAGAAAUACAAACUUCUCUGAUGAGCAUUGGUGUCUGACUUCAGUGAAAUGUUUUUCAUCUCAAAUGUUUAUGGCAUUAAACAGGUAAAGUAAUUUUGAUAAUUCGAGUAUAGUCUACCAUAAAUGUUUUAACUACACUUUUGACUCUGUUAAUGUGAAUUUCUUGGAGUUCUGUGUAUCCAGCUCAUAAGGAAAGAAAUCUCACAUGGCCCAUGAGGGUGCUUCUGCCUUAUGUAGAUGACAAUAAGUAGUGAUUUGAUGUAACUAAUACCUUUUCUUCUCUUAAGUGGAGCUACCAUUCAGUUAAUGCUACACAGUAGAAAGAUUGACCUGGAGAGCUUUGUUUCUUUUAUUCUCACUGUAUAACCUUUUAUCAAGAGACAAAAACUGUAAAGCACACAGUUAGCAUCCUGUCUUGCCUCCUCUUUACCACAGUCUGUUUUCCUUGUAGGAACCUUCAGUAGCAAAAGAUUAAAUUGGAAACCCUGCCUAGGCUUUAAGUUCAGCAGAUCCACAGCACACAGUGAGCUCCAUGAGCAGAGUUCUGCACAGUCCCAGACAGAGCAAGCCCAGGACUCCUCAGUCUGCCCAGUCCUCCCACCCUGCUCAGACCCUUCUGAAGCAUCUCUGUUGUUUGUGUGGUACAUAGAGGGCAAAAGGCUGCAGAAAUUGAGGUGGAAGCUUCACCUGCAUAGGGAAGGCUUGUGCAGGUGCAAAGCUGGUGUUACAGUUUGUUGGUUUUUUCAGUCUCCAAGUGGAGAAGGGUCCUCCUGGUACUGUAAAUAUCACUGCAUAAUUUGGAGCGCCACAUGGACUUCUCUAAAUUUAUGCUGAAUGUGACCUCAGAAGCAGCCCUGGGAUUGGGAAGAAACAAAUGUUUCUGUUUGCCCCUUUUAUACUUUAUUUUUGUACAGGGGCUCAUAGAUUUGUAAAAAAAAACUUGAUCUUAUCAGUAUGCUGCCUCUCAGUCUGACUGAUGCCUGUGAUUUCAAGGUGUUAAGUUGGUCCAAUAAAUGUUCAUUAACCUCUGCUUCCAUUUACCUAAUAAAAGUACACUCACUAGGUUA